CUGGUCUAGUUUCAGUGGUAGCAUAGCUGCACAAACCACAUAUUAAGUAGGCGACUUCCUUAAAACAAAAAAAUAAACUGAAAGUUUGUGAGACUCUCAUACCUCACAUGUCCUGUGCCACAGAGCUGAGCUCUCAGAAAUAAUCCACAUCCUGUCAUGCAAUGGAGGAAAUUUAUGUCAAUGAAGAUUAUUUGAAAGCCACCAACAAGUCUUCUAUGAAAAACCCCAAAGGUCCAAGGAGCUACAAGAGAAGCUUUUAUUUAGUUGUUAUUCUCUCCUUGGGCCUGCUGGCUGGAAUUAUCACUCUUGCUUUGUACUACAAAAACUCGUUACAAGAUUCAGCUGAAUAUCUCUCAGUGAGUAACAAACUUUUCUCAAUAACUGAGGAAAGAGACCUUCUAAAUGCAAAUGUCUCUGCAGUUCGUAACCAACUUUCUUUUAUGACUGAGGAGAGAGACCUGCUGAAGGCCAACCUCACUGAAACGACCAAAGAGCUGGAGAGACUGCAGAGUUUUGUAAAAGAGAAAACAUGUCCUGCGGGAUGGAGCGAGUUCAGUAGUAGCUGUUAUCUCCUCUCUGAAAGAUCUGACUCCUGGCAUUCAGCUAGAAAACACUGCACAGACCAAGGAGCAGAUUUGGUGGUGAUAGACAGCCCUGAAGAACAGAACUUCAUCGCUUCAUUCACCCAGAGAAAGACUUGGAUUGGUUUAAGUGACAUAGAACAAGAGGGAACGUGGAAAUGGGUAGACGGCACGCCUCUGACUCUGCAAUACUGGGCAUCUCAUCAGCCUGACAACAAGUCGCCUGCAGAGAACUGUGGUCAUAUCAGAUAUCAAGGAACUUCCUGGAAUGAUCAAUCAUGUGAAGAUUCUUUCCAGUGGGUCUGUGAAAAAGUACUGUGACAGCUGAAUUUGUUGGAAAAUUAGAUUUUUACAUAUGUUUCAAAUAAGGCUAUGAUUGUUAUUUUAUUUGCAUUUUUAUAUAUCCUUUUCUGAAUAAGUAUUAAGCUUUAGUGAAAAACAACCCUUGAAAUAUACCUAUCCCAAUAAUAACAGUAAUAAUAAUCAGUAACUGACCCAUUUUAUUUGGAUAGCACUUUUAAAAACAUACAGUCACAAUAUGCUUCACAUUUUGGGUAAAACAUAGAAUACAGUCUUCUAUACACUUGUACAUACAUACAUACUUCCAGAGACACAUUAGAUGUGUAGACAAAAACAUAAUUUUGUUCUUAUUCUUAUUCUUAUUAUUAAAGAUUGAUUAGUUUGCCUUCUGGUGGGGAAGAAAUGACUGGAAGUAAAUUCAGCAAACAUAAACUCAAGUCCUAUUGCAUACUACCUUUUUGGAAAUUAUCUUUUUAUUAUAACUGUAUUACCUGAAUGAUCAAAUAAUAUCUGGAAAAAGUGAGGUAUUUUGGGUCAUUACUUGUCUAUGAUCAUAAAAAAAAUUUUUUGUCCACAUUACUGUAAUAAUUUGUCAUCACACAGUUUUACUUUAUUGAUUCAAAAGCAACCCCUUAUUAGGAAGCAGAUAAAUACUGUAGUUCAUGUCAUGGAAAAAAACAAAAAACGACUGUGGUCUGCUUUAGUGUGUGCUCAGUGUGGUUUCAGUCAAUAAUUACCGUCACUGGGGAAAUGGUGUCAACACGUUUUGAAUAAUUUUGUGGUAUUUUUAUUGAUAAUGUAGGGUUAUUACAUGAAUUUUGUUUAGAUCCUUUCAGUGGUUGUAAAAGCAUUUUGGCAUCUCAAAGAUUAGACCGAAGAGCUUCAUCUAGAGAGGACUGUUAAAAUUGUUACAUUUCAGUCUACAACAUGUGGGCAUUAUUGAGUAAUUUGCCGUACAAUAUUAGAGUGUUUUUAGUUUGAAACAUAGCUAAACUGUUCUCAGGUGUACUGGUUGAAAUCUGCUCUGGUUAAACAUUUGCAUUUAUAUUGCUUAAUGUGUGCUCGCUUGUUAUUGUGACCGCUGAAAGCAUUUAAACUAAUGUUAUCUUCACUUUAUUGUUAUUAUUCUAGUUGGAAAACAGAUUAUUUUCUCUUGCUGUGUGUGUGUAUGUGCAGUGUUUUACUGUAUUUAAGUGUUUUUCUUAUUUUUUUAAUCUACUGUACAGAUUACAGAAAAAAUAGUUUUUACACAAAUAAAGCAUUUAUCAAGCAUUCUACUUGCUAAAAAUCUGAUGCAGAAAAUGAUAAGGUCCUGCCAUUAAAAAAAUUCAUUUUAA